AUGGCGGGCGGGCCCAGGGCCGCCCCCUUCCCCCUCGGCGGCGGCCAGGCCGGGCCCGGCGCUUCCCUCGCCCCUUCCCGCUCCCUUCCCUUCCUCUCCCCGCUCUCGUUCGCCGAGUUCUGGAACACAGUGAGUAACCUGAUUUUCAUUCUACCUCCAAUCUAUGGUGCGAUUCAGACCUAUAAAGAUGGCCUUGAAAAACGGUAUUUAGCUGCGUAUUUGUGUCUCACAGCUGUGGGAUUGGGAUCCUGGUGCUUCCACAUGACCCUGAAGUAUGAAAUGCAGCUGUUGGAUGAACUGCCAAUGAUAUACAGUUGUUGUGUGUUUGUCUACUGCCUGUAUGAAUGUUUCAAGUAUAAGAACACAGUCAAUUAUCCGCUGCUUUUCCUGUUAAUAACAUACAGUGUUGUCGUCAGCAUAGUUUACUUAAAUUUGAAAGAGCCAGUAUUCCAUCAGAUCAUGUAUGGAACACUAGUCUCCAUUAUAGUUCUACGAUCUGUGUAUAUAGUAUUAUGGGUAUACCCAUGGCUUAGAGGUCUGGGCUAUACAUCUUUAACUGUAUUCUUAAUGGGAUUUUUCCUCUGGAAUGUGGACAACAUUUUCUGUGAUAAAUUAAGGGCACUACGAGAGAAGAUGCCUCCUGUUGUGGGAGCUGUGACACAGUUUCAUGCUUGGUGGCAUAUACUUACAGGCCUGGGCUCUUACCUGCAUAUCCUCCUGAGUUUAUACACAAGGACACUUUUUCUGAAGCACAGGCCAAAGGUGAAGUUUGUUUUUGGAAUAUGGCCUGUUCUUCUGGUGGAGCCACCCAAGAAACUUUGAUGGAGAUGGAGGCAGCUGCAUUGAACCAUCUAGCCUGG